AUGCCGAUGACCGACGAGACCGACGAUAGCGGAGGGGUCAUUCUAGAUGGCCCCUUCGAUCCUGACGCGCAGGCCACAGUCACAGACUUUAUUGACUACACCGAAUACCUCCCCGCAGACUUAAUCCGCUCCUUGACCCUCAUCCGCGGUCUCGAUGACCGAUACCUCGACUCCGCGCAAGCGGUCCACCAGCUCACUCAGACCUACGGUCAGCUCCCAGACCUUCCUGCAGAUAGCCGACCAGACGCAAUUGCACUGCGCAAAGAUAUAUCUACUCAGCUCGAUCGUGCCAUCAACGCGCGUGAAUCGGCAUAUGCCGAGGCCUGUCGCCUCUACGACGUUGUAGAUCGCCACUUUGACCGAUUAGGCUGCAUCCGCCAGAAACUUGAAGCACUACCGAAACCUGCCUCAGCGGAGCCAUCGCCGCCACCUGAACCUACACCGAAGCGCGCGCGCGGAGGUAAGAAGACCAACAAGGAUGCCACGACACGUAUCACCCUUCGUUUGGACAACAAUCGCAACCGGAGAGAUAAAAAUAGGAGGCGUAUGCUAGGUACUGAUGGUGCUUUUGAUCCAGAUUCUCCACUUGCCAGUACUGAGCAAUCAGACUUGGAGAGCGAAUUCAUUAAAGCUGCCCCCAAGCCUCGACCCCCAAAAAAGGAAAAAGCACGUCGCCUGAGCUCGGGCGUUGGACAGUCGACAGCCCAGGCCCUUGCGCAGUUGAAGCCGCCGCCAGCUGAUGCGAAAUUGGGCAGCGAGGACUUGCCGUGGCUGCGAUUGACGGAAUGGGAGAUGACUAGGCUGCGCAAGAAGAUGAAAAAGAAUGCUGUGUGGCAGCCCAGUGAAGUAAUGAUUCACCGUGAGCUGGCCCUGGCAAAUCGCGGCUGGGAAGCAUAUCGUGCAGCGAAGGCCCUGGCGGAAGAGACGGGUGCGGAGUUCAUUGACUGUGAUAAUAUUGAAGAAACCCGGCGCGGGGAGGCUGCUAAAGACUUGGAGGAGACGAAGUUGAGCAAUCGUGGUAUGAAACUUAACGAAGCAAAGAAGUUGAAACGCGAACAGUUGGCCCGCGAACAAGCGCUGAUGGAAGGCGAAGGUGGUGCUUUGACUAGGUCUUUGCCAACCCCAGCCCAAGCACCCCCACCCGCGAAUCGAGCAUCACGGAAGAGGAAACGGGAAGAGGUUAUCGCAGCGGCAGAACUUGCUGCUCCCGAGUCUCCAAGACCUGCGCCAGUUGCUGCCCCGGUCGCACCGUCCGCCCCGGCUGGCGCAUCUCGGCGCAAAUCCAGCCGAGGAGGAGCUGUUGCAGCCGCAGAAGCCAACGACCUCAUUCCUCCAAUCAAAACCCACAUGUCUCCUGCAGUUGAAACCAAACCCUCCCCUCCUUCACUCAGCCCUACAAGCUCUGGACAAUCCAACCUACCCCUUGUCCAACCCGUCACUACUCCUACACCACCCGUCACUCGGCCUUCUUCGCGACGCUCUGCUGCCGCCGCCUCAAUCGAAGGGGGGGCUCUCGGUAGUAUCCCGACCGCAAUAGCAGCAAGUGGACGCGAUCGCCGUAUCAAAAGUGCCACACCAGCCCACAAAACACCCAUCCGCGAGUCAUCUGCGCCAAGUGUUCCCGCCCCAGCCCGACGACGCAAGCGUCCGGCACCAGGUCCCAUUUCCACUGGUCAGGAUGGCGGCGCAGCAGUGAGCUACGGACGUCGCAAAGCCAAACCAGGAAAGAAGCGUCUUAGCAUUCGCGACUCCCAGGAUGUCCGUGUAGACGAAGAUGGCGUCCUAGAGCAGAUCGACGCCAAUGAGCCCCGAUACUGUCUCUGUGGAGAUGUCAGCUUUGGAACGAUGAUCUGCUGCGAGAACCAGGAUUGUGACCGUGAAUGGUUCCAUCUCAGCUGCGUGGGUUUGACCGAAGUCCCCUCUCGCACGGCAAAGUGGUACUGUCCCCAGUGCCGUGUCAAGCUGCAUAAGGGCGAAGAUGGAAUUAUCAAGGGGAGCUCGCGACGUUAA